AUGGCCGAAGGAACUUGGGAGAAGCUGUCCCAGGUCGCUGUCCUGGGCGCUGAAUAUGACUCCCCUGAACGCCAGCCCCAUCCGAAAUGUUUGGAAGGGACCCGAGUGGACCUUCUCAAACUCAUCCAUGGAUUGUUGGACAAGCGAGAGAAGAGUCAAAUCAUUUGGCUGCAUGGCACGGCAGGCGUCGGAAAGUCUGCCGUGGCAUUCACUGUAGCUGAAAGAAUGAAAAGUCUGAAAAUAACACCGAAUACGAAAAUCGAAACAAGGCUCGCGGGGACAUUCUUUUUCUCGCGCAAGCACACGAAACGCAGCACGACCGGUCAAUUCUUUGCAACACUUGCUUACCAGCUUGCGAGCAAUUUUCCCAGCGUCAGGAACGACGUGAACAGAGCUGUCCGCGAGAAUCCUGCAGUUCUAGACUCCAGCAAGUCUCUUCGCGACCAGAUGAAGGCGUUAUUUCGCCAACCUCUCUUGCACCUGCAACUCAGGUUACGCGGCUGUCCACCUCCAGUCUUUGUCAUCGAUGCCCUCGAUGAAUGCAAACCUGAAACCGUCGCCGACCUCAUUUCCCUCCUCGGGGAAGCUCUUCGUGAUCCUGAACUUCCCGUGAUCCACAUUCUGCUCACGAGUCGCUUGGAGGAGCAUAUCCGUAAAGCCAUUCAAAAAGGCAUUUCCCGUACCAUUUCGUUAGACGGCGAAGAUGUUGACAAUGACAUCUAUAUCUUCUUACAGCAUUCCUUCACGGAGUUGCAAAGUCGCCAUCCUGAUUUCCCUCAGCUCGCUGCGGAUAAACUUACACGGCUGGCGAACCGAGCUGGCAGACGUUUCAUUGUGGCAUCUACAAUGAUGAAGUUUGUCGACGACGGAUACAAUGACCCCCGGGAUCGCCUUGAGCUCAUGCUCGAGCUAACCAAUGAACUGCUGCCUGGGACAGAAGUGUAUGAGUUAUACAACCGUAUCCUUGCCACCUGUUCGGACCCCAGCAGGGCAUACCAGUACUUGUCUAUUGUUGCUGCCCUUGCAGACCCUCUGCCGAUCUCACAGAUCUCGAAGCUCCUUGGCCCAGGUCAGGGCAGUGAUGUCACGACCGCACUUGUACAACUACGGUCUUUCAUGGAUAUUCCCACUGACAGCAGCCAUCCUGUGAAUAUCUACCAUUCGUCCAUUCGGGACUAUGUUUCAGACUUCUCACACUGCAGCCUGCCUGGAUUACAACCCAUCACAGCACCGCAUUCCCUACUCGCUUAUUCCUCUUUCCGCUUGAUG